AUGGCAGUAUGGAAGCUUACAAGGGAAGGUGCCUGUGACGCCAAGCGAAACUUCAUGUUCGUCAAAGUGCACAAGGCUGGAGGCACGACAGCCACCUGCAUCUUCCAACGCUUCGGGUACGAACACAACCUGACCUUCGUUCUGCCUGUCAUCAAGACUGACAUCGGUUGGCCCAACCUCUUGAGACAAGAAGACUUCAUACCGUCGGCAGACGGUACUUAUAAUGUUCUAGUCGACCACACGGUUUACAAUAGGCAGUUGUUAGACCAUCUCAUGCCUCCUGACACUGUGUACAUCUCUAUCCUUAGGCAGCCACUGGCUCAACUUCGGUCUACGUUCAACUGGUAUCACCUUGUUGACCACAUGAAUGGGUUGAACGGGUCGAAAGAUCCUGUUGCGUCCUUCUUAAAAAGGCCGAACAAAUUUCACAUCCCGUAUGUCAAAGCAGAUAUCCGUACAAGAGUGCCAUAUACCCUCGAAAAGAAUCUCAUGGCGUAUGACCUUGGCUUUCCUCUCGGACUGUCUGACAGCCAAUCGUCCAUUGAUGAGUAUAUCGAAACGCUGACCAGAGAAAUUGACCUGGUUCUCAUUUUAGAACAUAUGGACGAAUCUCUUGUCUUGUUGAGGAGGAUGAUGUGUUGGACCUUAAAAGACAUUCUUUAUAACGUCGCACCCAAAAACCUGAACAAAUAUGAAAGGUCACCAAUGAGCGCGGCCUUGCUGAAUCAGCAUCGCCAAUGGAGCAAUGUAGAUUAUCAGCUGUACGAUCACUUUAACGCGACACUUUGGCAGAAGAUACAAAGAGAAGGCGCCGAUUUUCUACACGAAGUGCACCAUUUUCGAAACGUGCUGAAUCAAACGACUAUCUUCUGCGCGAAAGCAAUCACGAAAGUACCUGUAUACAACAAAACAAACAAUAACAUUGUUGGGCGGAAGGUUGGUUUAAAUCCGACAGCUGGCAAACUUACAAUUCCAAAGACAGCGUGGCAUGAAAAAUUUGACAUAGAUCCGACCUUCUGUCUAAAACUAAAAAUGGAAUGGCGUGACUGGGCAUAUGUUUUAAAAAAGAAGCACAGAAUGCCACGGAACAUAUCUCCCGAUAUUAGAAGUGCUAUUGAAUGGCCUGACACCAAAGUUCUGGAUAAAUCUCUAAUGCGAAAAAUUUUUCACGUUUGACAUGGUUGAGGUGGAUUUCGCUAUACGCUUAGGACCGAUAAACUGUCAAAUACAUUUUGUAACAAUUACUCAAGCAACUGGACAUGCAUGAUUUUGGAAACGGUCAGAUGUUUCAGAUAAUAUCCAUUACCUUUCAUCAAUGACACUGAAGAUAUCAUGUAAUUGCUAAUACCGGGGUAUUUGGCGUAUUUUACUACCUGGAUGUCUAACUUUCAUCGACGUAUCAUGAUGAAAUCGCAUUACAAAGAACCAUAUCCAUAAACUUACAGUUUGGUGUUGACGUUACAAUGACCCCUGUCGGUGUUUCUCUCUAAGAGGCCUAGGGUCUGCAUGCUCUUUUCCGUGAGGCGUAGGCAGCCUAUUUCUAUUCCCGUAACUCGUCGGGAAAACCAUCUUAGCUACGUAAUUCGUAGCUAGGGCCUAGGCGAUCAAACUUAGCGUAAUUGCCUUCCUUGGUAUAGCGUAAUACGAGUGAGAUCUUCUGAAUUCGGCGUAAAUCGUUGUCGGGAUCCCCCAUGCAGACCCUCCUCUAACCAAGAUGGUUCUUAAUACCAGGCCGAAUGACAUCUCGAAGCUUUAUCAAAUACAACAAAAGGCACAGUGAGUGGUCGACUAUCAACUAAAAGAUAGAGAUACAAAGUCAAGCUUGAAAUUCCAAUGACUAAAUAAUGUAGGAUAACAAACUUGAAUCUCUAUUCUUGAUACAACCAUGUGGGACUAACGUGAGUGUUAUCAUGUUUAAUUUCUAAUAACAAACCAUUCUUUUAUGUAUUUACUUAUCUGAGCAUUAUGAUGCGGCGAAGAAGAUAGCUGUCAGAUAUAAUAUAAGGUCAAAUAUAUAUUUACUUCUGAUAUCGGGUUUGUAUUUCGACAGAAUGAUUGAUUUUAUAGUUUUGGUAACGUAGUCGUAGAAGAUCAAGUACAUUUCACGGUAGAUUGUCCUUUGUAUGAUAGCGAUAGAAGAAUUCUAUUCGACUUUGUGUUAAGUAUGUUGCAUCACUUCAGAUACUUGAAUAGUAAAGAGAAAUUUAUA